AUGUCCGACACCGACUUCGAGACGAUCAGGAAGCUACAGGCUGAGAGGAAUGCUGCCUCUGCUGGUAAGAAGGGAUCGAAGACAUUUGAUCCAUCAAGUCAGCGAACUGAUGUUUCCACCAAGGCCUCCUUAACAGAAAGCUUCGAUACCAGUCUUUAUGAGCGCGAUGGCGGUGAUAAAUUCGCAGGUUAUAAUACUUCCAUCGCAGUGGCAGAUGGUGAUGAUGAUGAGAUGGAGGAAGCUGAUACCAGCCGAAGAUUGGUAGGCCAAUACACAGCUUCUAAGGAACAGAUGAACGAAUUCGCACAGGGUAAUGGGGUCGAGGAGGAAGAUAUUCUCUUAGGGAGAGAGAAAAGUGCACGAAUUUCCGAUCGCGAAACCGAUUACCAAAAACGUCGGCACGAUCGAGUCUUGACUCCUACAAGAGCUGAUGGAAAUGCUGAAAGCUACAGAGAUGUCAUGGCUAGGAGAGAACUCGAGCGAGAGGAAGAGAGAGUCAAGAAAGCCAUUGAGGAGAAGAAGGCGAAUGGCGAAGUCAUCCACCAUACUGCAACGCUGGUCAAGGAAGGUAGUGGUUCUCCUGGUAAUAAGGAAAACGACGAAGCUGGUUCCACGGAAGCUGUCGCAAGUGGUCGCAAAAGAAAGAAGAGAUGGGAUGUUGGCACUGAGGAAGAUACUAGCAUGGCUCCACCAUCAGCAGAGGGUAAAACCAAACGUUCGAGAUGGGAUCAAACACCAGCUGUCGGGGGCGCUGCGGUUGACGAAACUCCUAGGAGAAGAUCUAGAUGGGAUCAAGCACCUGCUGCCACCCCUAUGGGCAAUCAAGGAUUAGUAACACCAAUGCAUCCAUCACAAAUGGGCGGUCCAUCUAUACCAACUACAUUCGGAACUGAUAUAUCAUCGAGAAAUGCGCCGCUUUCAGAUGAGGAACUUGAUAUGAUGUUACCAUCUGAAGGCUACAAAAUCUUAGAACCUCCACCAGGUUACGCUCCAAUACGAACUAUUGCGCAAAAGGUCAUGUCUACACCGUUACCUACUGGCGGAUUUAUGAUGCAAGAUCCAGAAAGUGGAAGACAAUUAGCAAAACAGCUCCCAACAGAAAUACCCGGCGUAGGAGAUUUACAAUUUUUCAAGGCGGAGGAUAUGGCAUAUUUUGGAAAGCUCACAGAUGGUAGUGAUGAAAAUUCUAUGAGUGUGGAAGAACUUAAAGAAAGGAAGAUUAUGAGGCUCUUACUCAAAGUCAAGAAUGGAACUCCCCCUAUGCGAAAGACUGCUUUGCGUCAACUCACGGAUAACGCAAGACAAUUUGGCGCUGGACCAUUAUUCAACCAAAUCCUUCCAUUGCUCAUGGAAAAGACACUUGAAGAUCAAGAACGCCAUUUAUUGGUUAAGGUUAUUGAUCGCAUCCUCUACAAACUUGAUGAUCUUGUCAGGCCUUAUGUUCACAAGAUUCUGGUCGUCAUCGAACCAUUGCUUAUCGAUCAAGACUACUACGCUCGAGUGGAAGGUCGAGAAAUCAUUUCCAAUCUCAGUAAAGCGGCCGGUUUAGCUCACAUGAUCAGUACUAUGCGACCAGAUAUUGAUCAUGUUGAUGAAUAUGUACGAAAUACAACUGCUAGAGCAUUUGCUGUCGUCGCUUCCGCACUUGGUAUUCCCGCACUUCUUCCUUUCUUACGAGCAGUAUGUAGAAGUAAGAAAUCGUGGCAAGCAAGACAUACUGGUGUAAAGAUUGUUCAACAGAUCCCUAUCUUAAUGGGUUGUGCUGUGCUUCCUCAUCUAAAAGGUUUGGUUGAUUGUAUUGGUGGUAAUCUUAAUGACGAUCAAACAAAGGUUCGAACUGUUACCAGUUUGGCAAUUGCAGCUUUAGCAGAGGCAGCAAAUCCAUAUGGUAUCGAGAGCUUUGAUGAUAUCCUCAAUCCAUUAUGGACCGGUGCUAGGAAACAACGUGGAAAAGGUCUUGCUGGUUUCUUGAAGGCCGUUGGAUACAUCAUUCCUUUGAUGGAUGAAGAAUAUGCCAACUACUACACAGGACAAAUCAUGGAAAUUCUAUUGAGAGAAUUCUCAUCUCCGGAUGAGGAAAUGAAAAAGGUAGUACUUAAGGUUGUUUCACAGUGCGCCGGUACCGAUGGUGUAACAGCAGGGUACCUAAAGGAGAAUGUGUUAGAUGAGUUUUUCAAGAGCUUCUGGGUUCGAAGAAUGGCAUUAGACAAGCGGAACUAUAGACAAGUGGUUGAGACUACUGUCGAUCUCGGCCAAAAAGUCGGCGUUGGCGAGAUUGUGGAGCGUAUCGUCAAUAACUUGAAGGAUGAAAGCGAAGCAUAUCGCAAAAUGACUGUGGAAACCAUUGAGAAGGUUAUUGCUAGUCUCGGUGCUGCAGACAUUGGUGAGAGACUCGAAGAACGACUUAUCGACGGUAUUCUGCACUCUUUCCAGGAACAGAGUGUCGAGGAUAUCGUUAUGUUGAAUGGAUUUGGAACUGUGGUCAAUGCUCUUGGUACGAGAUGUAAACCAUACCUCCCCCAGAUUGUCAGUACCAUUUUGUGGCGAUUAAACAACAAAUCUGCCACUGUUCGACAACAAGCGGCGGACUUGAUUUCUCGUAUCGCAAUGGUUAUGAAGCAAUGUGGUGAAGAUGCUUUGAUGGGAAAGCUAGGUAUCGUUCUUUACGAGUAUCUCGGUGAAGAAUAUCCAGAAGUUCUUGGUUCUAUCCUUGGUGCCUUGCGUUCUAUUGUCACUGUGGUUGGUAUCAAUCAAAUGCAACCUCCAAUUAAGGACUUGCUUCCUCGACUUACACCAAUUCUACGAAAUCGACACGAGAAGGUACAAGAAAAUACCAUUGAUUUGGUUGGUCGUAUCGCCGAUCGUGGUCCUGAGAGUGUUAAUGCUAGAGAAUGGAUGAGAAUCUGUUUCGAACUUUUAGACAUGCUCAAGGCCCACAAGAAAGGUAUUCGUCGUGCUGCCAAUAACACAUUCGGUUUCAUCGCCAAAGCUAUUGGACCUCAGGAUGUUCUCGCUACUCUACUAAACAAUCUCCGAGUUCAAGAACGUCAAUCUCGUGUCUGUACAGCUGUGGCAAUUGGUAUCGUCGCGGAAACUUGUGCUCCAUUCACAGUUCUCCCAGCUUUGAUGAACGAAUACCGUGUUCCCGAACUUAAUGUUCAGAAUGGUGUUCUGAAGUCACUUUCUUUCCUCUUCGAAUAUAUUGGUGAGAUGGCCAAAGAUUACGUUUAUGCCAUUACGCCUUUACUCGAAGAUGCAUUGAUCGAUCGUGAUCAAGUUCAUAGACAGACUGCCGCCUCUGUUGUGAAGCAUGUGGCAUUGGGCGUCGUUGGUCUUGGUUGUGAAGAUGCUAUGCUUCAUCUUCUUAACUUACUAUACCCCAAUUUAUUCGAGACCAGUCCGCACGUUAUUGAUCGUAUUGUCGAAGCUAUUGAGGCUAUCAGAAUGGCAAUUGGACCGGGUCUUGUUCUUAACUACGUCUGGGCUGGUCUAUUCCAUCCCGCACGCAAAGUUAGACAACCUUAUUGGACGCUUUACAACAGCGCUUAUGUAUUAUCGGCCGAUGCUAUCGUGCCUUACUACCCAAACAUGGAUGAUGAGAAGAUGGAUAGGCCUGAUUUGGCAAUUGUGAUAUAA